AGGUGGCGAGCGUACUUUUCGGGUACCCUGCUCGCCCGUAGCUCCUCCCCCUGGUGACGUGUCUCCUCCCCUAGUUACGUCAGAAGGUCCCUUCCUCCUCUCCGAAAUAGAAUUAACCGACAGACAACCGCUCACACAGGAGUCGCAUCGUCUCAUUUGGUGUUUAUUUGUAGUAAUUUGCGAGUGUAAAUAUAUUAAAAGUUAUAAUAACUAGUUAUAUAAGAGAUCGCUAUGGCAGAGAUGGAGAUUGGACAGCACUGUGAUGCAGAGCACUGUAGCCAGCUAGAUUUCCUCCCCUUUGUCUGUGAUGGCUGCUCCAGAGUGUUUUGCCUGACGCACAGAAGCAGGGAUUCCCACGGCUGUAUCCAAGUUCCUACAAGUGGCGGUGGGGGAGCUGGUGGUAGAGAAUCGGAAGGGAGCUCGCAGUAUCCUUGUUCCUAUAAAAGCUGCAGUGGAAAGGAGUUAGUCCAGGUGUUAUGCCCUUUCUGCGAGAACCAUUUUUGCUUCAGACAUCGUCACCAGUCAGACCACGACUGUGCAAAACUGGAAGCACCGAAACCUCGGAUGGCCGCAACCCAGCAACUUGUUAAAGAAAUUGUGGAUUCUAAAAAGUCUGCUCCUCCCAGCAAAGUCCGAAGGGGAGCAAAAAAUGCUGAGACGGCAGCAAAGGUUUCCCUGAUGAAGCUGAAGUUACACGCGCUGGGGGAUAAGUCUUUACCUCAGUCGGAAAGGGUCUACCUUCAGGUCUACCUGCCCAAGGGUGGGAAGGAGAGGAGCAGGCCCAUGUUCUUCUGUAAGAGCUGGAGUAUUGGGAAAGUUGUGGACUAUGCAGCUUCUAUAGCGAGUCUGAAAAAUGACAACAACAAAGCAGCAGCGAAGAAGCUGCGAGUGUGUCAUGCUGAGACGGGAGAGACUCUACCAUUGGACAGCUCCGUGGAAAUGUGGCUCACUAGUUCAGAAAAUCGCUUAUAUAACGGUGGUACAAUCAUCAUAGAGUAUAUGGAUAAUGAGUGCAACGCCAUUGAAGAUACAAAUUCAUAUUUAAUAUAAUGUCAGAUCAAUGAAUGUAGACCUUUUAGAACUGUUCAUAUCCAUCCAAUAAAUAUAUAUUUUCUGUCAA